AUGCCCAUCUGUCCCCAGUGCGACAAUAGGACUUUUUCGAACAAAGAAGCACUCCUCCAGCACAUGAGGAGUUCGAGUGCAUGGCAUCCUUUCUGUUCGCAGUGCGAUCGAAGAUUCGUUAGCCAGACGGCUUUUGACGCGCAUAUGGCGGCUAAACACCCGCCCACCUUCGACUGCACGACGUGUAAUAAAAGCUUCCAUGCACAGUUCGCGCUGGAGGACCAUUAUCGCGGCUCUCAGGCCCACCCAAAUUGCGUCCGCUGCGGAAGGGGAUUUUUCGACGAACCCGCACGCGAAGAGCACCUCCAAACUGCCCACCCCAAAUCUCCUUGUCCCCCAUGCGGCGGAAUCAUUAUCUACGAUGACGCAUUAGAUCAGCAUUACUUGACUCCCAAAAUCACCCUUCUUGCUCGAGAUGCUCCCGGGGAUUCAGAGACGAAAAUUCGUAUCGAGAGCACAUCCCGGCGAGUCAUCCCGACUUGCACUGCGCAGCAUUGCGGCGUCGGGUGUCUGGACGAUGCUGCUCUAGAAUUGCACAUCGAAAUGGUGCAUGCACCCACUCCAACCGUCGUUGGAGUUCGACCAGUGGCGGUCGCGCCAAGCGCUGGCUCCAGUGCCCUCAGUGCUCACGAAGACACCAAGAUCGAAAAGCCGAAGCCUCAAGAGGAGCCGCUGUAUAGCACGGGCUUCACUCCCCUCAGUCCGAAAAGCUUUCCGCAGCGGCUGCUAAUUGGGGAACGAAGGAUGGAUUCCCCCGACAUCCAACUCGAGGCGAAUUUCAUGUCACCUCUGAAUGCCGUCCAACCACUGUUCAGUCCAACAAGCCUCCCUCGACCUGGUGGAAUUAUCGAGGAGUUGUGGAGCUCGAGAGAAAACUCCAAUGUCCAGGUUCGUACACCUCGCGCACCAGACACUGGAAAAUCUCCCGAGUGUCCGUCCUCAUUUGCGGCUGCUGUUUCGGCGCGACCGUCCUCGUGGGCUUCUCCGACGAGCUCCUCUCAGAGCCCUCCUCGCCAUUCCAUCGCUGCCAGCGUUCCCCUUCCCUCUCCGCCAUCCCUAGGAAGUCCCAGCUGGCUCGAUGACAACUCCUCUAGGAGCCAGGGCUCUACAGCUUCGAGAUUCUCUCCACCUUCAAGUUCGCGAUAUUACGAAGUGCCCCGGCGACCAUACGUCUCUCCCUCCCAUCCUUCCGCCAGCAGUUCCGUCGCCAGCCUUAUCGAGUCCUCACGCUACUCGAUCCCCGCCACGCGAGCCUACGACACCGUGCGCCAGUUCUCCCCACCCCGCAUCUCGCCGCCGCACGCGUCGUCUGAUUGGCACCCGCGCCUGUACCCAGGCAGCGUGCGCGCCGGGCGCACAGCCAGCCUCACCCGACCCGGCGUCGCCUCUGGGUCGCAGAUGGGGUUUGGGAGUUACUCCCACAACCACUUGACAUCUACGUUCUCUUUCGGGAGCGGGAGCAUCACAGAGACCUCCCCGAUCUCUGCGUUUGGGCGCUCGGAAGCGUCAGGGUCUAGUGGCGGUGGUGCGGGUGCUAUGGGCGAGCAGGUAGAUUGGCGCUCGCUGAUGGGGAGCCGCGACUCGCGCGCGAGCUUGUUCUCAGAGAGCCAGCUGACGCCUAGGGCUGAGCUACCAUUCUCUCGCCCUGAGCUGGUUCCCUCAACUUCACAGGCGCAUUUGCUGCAGGGACAGGUGUUGACGCCCAUCUCACCAUCUUUGGCCACUAUUUCGUCUCCGGCCUCUAGCGCGCUGGAGCACUCUCCCGGCUCUGCACAUCCAGAGCCGGAAACGAGGCCAACGACUGCAUCGUCCUCGCAAGCGUCACCGCAACAAAAGAUAACCUACACCGCUCCUAGCGAGUGCGCAUGCUCUCCGUCAGUCGCGUCGCCCAUGGGACUUGGGGUCCUCCCAUCUAUCUCUCCCCUCGCCUCGACUCCAAUAGAUAUUUCUGUGUUCGACUAUCCAGAGGCGCGCCAGCCUCUCCCUGACUCACCGCCACCAACCCAGACGGUGUCCCCGGUGACGGUGAUCGAAGAGAUUGCAGCCCUUCCUUGUCCUAGCGAAGAGCCGUCAUCAAACCCCACUACCCCCCAAAAAUGCAUCCAGACAUCGCCACUAUCUUCACCACUUCCUACGUCUGUCGCACCUUUACCGACGUCGAAUCCGAACCCUCUUCAUUGCCGCGGGUGUUUGGCGGAUGAGUGCGAUGACAUUACGGCCACCAUGUGUGGCCAUAUAUUUUGCAAUCGGUGCAUCACCGACGCAGUUAUCAAAACAUCUCGGUGCCCUGUCUGCAUGACACCGACUCUCCUCUACUGCCUCUUCCGCUUAGACCUGGCGGCUUGA